GGUCACAGUUGAAGUGGACACUACUUCCUCUUUCCUUUCUGCUCUCGAAUCGAAUGUACAUAUGUGGUACCGGUGUUACAGUCAAAAUAUAAUCAAAGAAUAUAUAAAUAAUCAAUGAACAAAAAAAACAAAUAAAAAAGUGUUUUUUUAAUUUAAUAUCAUAACUAGUUAACCAAUAAAGGAUACCAACUCUGAAGAAAACGAUAACGUUUAUGAAGGUAGAUGCCGAAACGAAAUUAUUAGUGACAAAGGUCGUGACGAAGUGGGUCGUUCAAAAUUGUCGACCAUUUAGUAUUAUCAGCGAUUAAGGUCUUGAAGACGUUAUAUCAGUUGCCCUUGAUAUUUUAAGUCGUUUUGGACCAAACGUAAACAUUAGCAGCCUGCUACCUCAUCCAACAACGAGAUCGCGUAACGACACAGACUUAUACAAUAAGGAACUUCAAGCUGUCACAGAAGAAAUAGCCUUAAUGAAAGGCAAUGACUACACUAUCACGUCAGACGCAUGGACAGAUACCUUUUCGCAGACGUCCUAUUUAGUCCUUCACACUAUUUAUUUAAAGGAAGCAUGAAAACCCGUCUGCUGGAAAUGAUCUGCAUUAAAGGCACAUUAAUUCGCACUAAGGUGGAACAAUGUUUGAAUUCUUUUGGGUUAGAUUUAAACGACGCCAUCAUUGUUACAGACAGUGGAUCAAACAUGAUAUCUGCAUUUAAGGAAUCAGCUCAGAUUCAUUGUGUUGUCGAGAAAAAUUAGCUUGUAUAUACUUAGUUUUAAGCAAGGGCACAGAUACCCUACAUAAAGAAAAAAGAGAGAAGAAAAAUGGCCACACUAUGAAAAGACAAGAAGGUCACAUUAGUUUGAGCAGUCGAAGAAAGAGCGGGUAGAAAAGACGAAGCGUGCGUAGAUAUAUUACCUACAUAUAAGAAUAAAAUGUAUUAACCUCCUUUUGCAAAUAGGAAAUAAAACGCAACCAACGCCUUAGUACCUAUGAAGAUAAGCGAUUGUGUUUUAUCCGCAAUUCUCACGUUCCUGGACUCAACAUCUUUUAUUUCGCUUCUUGGAAGCCAAUGACGCUAGAGUUCUUGGAGUUUGUAUGAAGACGGGCAGAGACUCGUGGUGCAAGCACUGAAGUAUACUGGACAUUGGAGAAGCGACGGAACCCACAAGGAGACGGUCAUCUCGCUCGUGGGUGGAUAAUAAACAUUGCAGAACACGGAGGCCAACGUGGGUGCGCACGUCAGGCAGCUGAAAAAAGCGCACAUUUAUAUGUAUGUAUGCGAGAUCGUGCACAUACUGCCAUCUCGCUCUAACCAACGAAGUUCUUGCGGGCCAGCAACUAGAGGCUUGAGUGCGCAGUUGGCUGAUGAAAUCGAGUGAAAAUUUCUGGAUUGUGGUUUGUUUGGUAAGUGCCAAUUUGAUUGUUGAUUUGGGGAAAGGUUAGUCUACGGGUGAUGAUUACCAGAGCAAUGAGCAAAUUAAGGGCAACGGAUGAAAUGGACGAGGACAACGUUGAGAUGGGAAAAGUGGAAAGAGAAUCCGCGCAAGGUGAAGCCUCAAAUAUGGAGGGGGCCGGGCCCGGCACAUCAAAAGAAGCCCAAUCACAUGGCGUUGUUAACGUUAUGAUGGAGAUGUGGCGCCAAAUGCAAGAAGGUCAGCGGGCCAAUGCAAUGCAAAUGCAGCAGUUCCAAAUGGAAGUUCUGCGGAUGAAUCAAAUUCAAAUGGAAAAAACUAAUAUACGUCUGCGAUCCCUUGGUAUUAGUGGAAGGACAACUGGCGAGCCAGGACCACAAUCAACCAUGGCUGAGCCCUCAGCGAUAUCAGACGCAGUCUCAUCACCAAGGCAACCGGUUCCUUCUCAGGAAACGCAAAGAAAAUUGUACGAUCUACCGGAGUUUAAUGGUGCUCCCGAAGAGUGGCCAAUGUUCAACGAAGCUUUCACUAUGACCACUGCAGAGUACGGAUACAGUGACAGGCAAAAUUUGUUACGCCUCCAAAAGGCAAUAAAGGGCAAGGCUAGGGAGACCGUUGAAUGUUUGCUUAUUCACAGUUCUAACGUUUCAAAUAUUUUAGAGACCCUUAAACAAAAUUUUGGUAGACCGGAGAAACUCGUAAAAAGCCAGAUUAGUCACGUUAGAGAAUUUCCGAGCAUUCGCGAAGGGAGAUUGGAACAAUUAGUAGAGUUCAAAAUGAAGGUACAAAACUUGGCUUCAUUCUUAGAAGCAGCUAACGAACAUCAGCAGUUAAAAAACCCAAAAUUAAUGGAGGAGUUAAUCUUAAAGUUGCCAGUGCAACAGAGACUGGAGUGGGCACGCCAUUCCAAGCAACUAGGAGAUGAAAAAUCGAUCAGUCAUUUAAGUCUAUGGCUUCAGGGAUUGGCCGAAGAAGUGCAAGACGCAGGAUUGGUUGACGAUCAGGCGACGUUCAAGCCAAAGAAGGAAAAGUCGAGACUAUUCCAUGCAAACGACAUCGGACUUGUAACCAUGAAGGCGUGCUCCGCAUGCAAUGGGAAACACGACUUGGAAAACUGUAACUCAUUUGCCCAGUUAGAACUUGAAAAAAAAUGGCAGCAUGUAAGGGAAAGAAAAUUAUGCUUCAAUUGCCUAAAGUACGGCCAUCGUAGUCAAAAAUGUAGACGACAUCACCAAUGUGGACUUGAUGGAUGUGCCAAACGCAUUCACCGUUUGCUCCAUGCAGAAUCAGUUAAUCAACCAGGCGAGGAAGUAAAGUUCACAGGAACAGCAACGCAUGAGGCUAGCUCACUGAUUUGGAUGAAGGUUCUGCAGUAACCCUUAUAAAUGAAAGCCUGGCAGACGAGUUAGGAUUACAUGGGCCCAAAGAAAGUCUGACAUUGCAAUGGUUUGGAGAAAAGACAUCAACGGAAUUGGUCAGCCGAUUUAAUAUUGGAAUAUCUGAUGAACGUGGAGGCAAGGUCUAUGCACUAAACGGAGUAAGGACUAUUGAGGAUUUACGGCUGCCGAAGCAAUCCGUAAACAUGUCUGAGCUAAGCUCGCAAUACCCACACAUAAAGAGUAUUCCUGUGAAAGGCUAUAGAAAUGCUAGACCUGAAAUACUAAUCGGACUAGAUAACCUACAUUUGAUAGCUCCAAAGCAAAUGAGAUCUAUGGGAUACGUUGGGCCAGCCAUUGCAUUAACCAAUCUGGGAUGGGUUGCGUAUGGAAAAUGUCGCGGAGAAUCAGGACCCAUGAGUAAUGUAAAGGCCGUACAUCUGGUUAAACACAAUGACGAGCACAUUGAACAGUUGGUGCGAGACUACAUCACGAAUUCGGAAAUGGAUGUGCGGAUUGUGAAAAACCACGUAGAAGGUCGAGAAACUGAGAGAUCGAACCGAUUGCUAUCAACCACGACAAAACGUAUUGGUGACCGUUUUGAAACGGGAUUACUAUGGAAAGUGGAUGACGUCGUCUUGCCUGACAGCAAGAAAAUGGCAAUAAAGAGACAAUUGUCUUUGGAAAGAAAAUUUAUACAUGAUCCAGAGUACUACAAAAAAUACUGCGACCUGAUGGAAGCAUACGAAGAAAAGUCAUACAUUCGGCAUAUCACAAGCAAUGAACUGGAAGUGGACAAGAAAAAAGAAUGGUUCCUGCCUCAUUUUGGGGUCUUAAAUCCUAACAAGCCCGGCAAGUUGAGAAUUGUUUUCGACGCGGCUGCAGAAGUCGAUGGAGUGUCGUUAAACUCCAUGCUCAUGACUGGCCCCGACGGGUAUCAAUCCCUAACGGACAUUCUUAUGAGGUUCAGACAGAAACCGAUUGGAGUCUGUGCUGACAUAGCAGAAAUGUUCCACCAAGUCAUAAUACGAAAGGAGGAUCGAUGUGCCCAACGCAUACUAUGGAGGAAGAAUCCAGGCGACGAGAUGAAGGAGUAUGAAAUGCAGGUCAUAACCUUUGGAGCCAAAUGUUCACCGGCCUCUGCUCAAUAUGUGAAAAAUAGAAACGCACUUGAAUUUAAGGAAUCGUAUCCAGAUGUGGUGAUUGCCAUUAUUAAAAACCAUUAUGUGGACGAUUUGGUGCAUUGUUUUUCAUCCGAAGAAUCGGCUGUGAGAGUCGUGAAGGAGAUAGUUGACAUUCACAAAAAGGGAGGAUUCGAACUGAGAAAGUUUGUGUCCAAUUCGAAAUUCUUCAACAAGGUUUUUGGUAACGAACAAGUAGCUGAACCCAUAACUCUUGAUAGGGAUGAAUCUUCGCAUUAUCAAAAGGUCCUGGGAAUGUACUGGUGUACACGCAGCGACGAAUUUGGGUUCUCACUUUCGUUUAACAAAAUUGACGCAUCAAUCUUUUCAGAAUCAAGAAUACCGUCUAAGCGAGAAGUAUUGCGAGUGGUUAUGUCUGUGUUUGACCCAUUUGGAAUUCUAGCCGAAUAUUCCCUGAUCGCUAAACUGCUUCUGCAGUCAAUAUGGCAAAAGCGAACAGAGUGGGACCAGCCAAUUGAGGGCGACGAUAUAAAGCAAUGGAAAUGUUGGUUGCGCAGCCUAAGCCAAGCAUGCAAGAUAAGGAUACCCCGAUGUUACGCUGAAGAGUUCUUUGGGGAACCAAUUGAACUACACAUAUUUUGCGAUGCGAGUGAGUCAGCUUAUGCAGCAGUUGGAUACUGGCGCAUACGUACGAAAUCUGGAUGGAAGUCCGCAUUUAUAAUGGGAAAGACCAAGUGUGCCCCAAUGAAACUAUCGACCAUACCCAGGCUCGAGCUACAGGCGGCAGUGCUAGGAACUCGUCUCAGGAAAUGUAUUCUUGAGGGUCACGACGUCAACCCCAAAUGUGUCCACAUGUGGUCCGACUCCAAGACUGUCUUAGCAUGGAUUAAAUCAGAUCACAGAAAAUAUAAGCCAUAUGUAGGACACAGAAUUGACGAGAUACUUGAGGCCACAAGGUUGGAAGAUUGGCAUUGGGUGCCUACUAAGGAUAACCCGGCAGACUUUGGCACCAAACUCAGAUCUGGAACUCGAGAAACCUCCUGGUUGAGAGGCCCCCAAUUCCUUCACUACUUCCUCUUUCCUUUCUGCUCUCGAAUCGAAUGUACAUAUGUGGUACCGGUGUUACAGUCAAAAUAUUAUCAAAGAAUAUAUAAAUAAUCAAUGAACAAAAAAAACAAAUAAAAAAGUGUUUUUUUAAUUUAAUAUCAUAACUAGUUAACCAAUAAAGGAUACCAACUCUGAAGAAAACGAUAACGUUUAUGAAGGUAGAUGCCGAAACGAAAUUAUUAGUGACAAAGGUCGUGACGAAGUGGGUCGUUCAAAAUUGUCGACCAUUUAGUAUUAUCAGCGAUUAAGGUCUUGAAGACGUUAUAUCAGUUGCCCUUGAUAUUUUAAGUCGUUUUGGACCAAACGUAAACAUUAGCAGCCUGCUACCUCAUCCAACAACGAGAUCGCGUAACGACACAGACUUAUACAAUAAGGAACUUCAAGCUGUCACAGAAGAAAUAGUCUUAAUGAAAGGCAAUGACUACACUAUCACGUCAGACGCAUGGACAGAUACCUUUUCGCAGACGUCCUAUUUAGUCCUUCACACUAUUUAUUUAAAGGAAGCAUGAAAACCCGUCUGCUGGAAAUGAUCUGCAUUAAAGGUGAAUAUGCAACAAGUUCGUGUUUAUACCCUUACAGAGGGUAUUAAAUUGUUAUCGAAAUGUGAAGCAAAUGAGGACAACAAUUUUUCUUUCUUACUUUUAUUUAUUUGCAGGCACAUUAAUUCGCACUAAGGUGGAACAAUGUUUGAAUUCUUUUGGGUUAGAUUUAAACGACGCCAUUAUUGUUACAGACAGUGGAUCAAACAUGAUAUCUGCAUUUAAGGAAUCAGCUCAGAUUCAUUGUGUUGUCGAGAAAAAUUAGCUUGUAUAUACUUAGUUUUACGCAAGGGCACAGAUACUGCCAUACUGGUGAAAAUAUAAGCCAUAUGUAGGACACAGAAUUGACGAGAUACUUGAGGCCACAAGGUUGGAAGAUUGGCAUUGGGUGCCUACUAAGGAUAACCCGGCAGACUUUGGCACCAAACUCAGAUCUGGAACUCGAGAAACCUCCUGGUUGAGAGGCCCCCAAUUCCUUCAAGAGGACGCAAGUCAAUGGAAUCUAGGAACUUCAGACGUUGGUGACACGGAACUGGAACUAAGAAGCAAGUUUACGUUAUCAAUCAAUGAGAUGUCUUCAGAUGGAUCUGUCAAUAUCGUAUUCAGGGAGUUGCUGGAAAGGUUCUCUUCAUUUACAAGGCUGAUGCGAGUUGUCGCUUGGGUCUACAGGAUGUGUGAUCGUAAGAUCAAACGAAAAGUCUACCUUGAUGUAGCUGAAAUUGAAGAAGCUGUACUCAUAGUGAUCCGCAAUGUACAGGAUGUUGCAUUUCAUGAUGAGCGGGUGGUGCUAUUGACUGGACAGUCCAUCGAAAAGAACAGCAAGCUGUGGAAGUUUUCUCCGAUCAUAGACGGAAGAGGAGUGAUCCGCAUGAAUGGGCGUAUUAAUAACGCAUGUUCGGUUGGAGAAGAAACCAGGCGUCUAAUAUUAAUGCCCCAAGGGCAUCACGUUACAAAAUUGAUCGUGCGACAUUAUCACGAGCUAUGGAAACACCAGAAUGAAAACACAAUUAUAGCAGAAAUACGCAGAAAGUACUACAUACCACACUGCCGACAGGAGGUUCACCGUGCAGCUAGAAAUUGUAUGACUUGUAAAAUCCAGAGAGCUUCACCAAAAAUGCCAUUAAUGGGACAACUUCCUAAGGACAGACUCUCUCCGUACGUACGCCCAUUCUCAUAUUGUGGAAUCGACUAUAUGGGACCGUUUCUGGUUGUAAGAGGAAGAAGUACCGAGAAACGCUGGAUAUGCCUUACAAUAAGAGCAAUUCAUUUUGAAAUUGCCAGGGACAGAUACGUGUCUUCGAGUAUUGCAUAACUUCAUGGGGCGGCGCGGAAGACCAGUAAGAAUCCGAUCUGACAAUGGUACCAAUUUGGUGGGAGCUGAGCGUGAAUUGAAAAGAAAAUUACAGGACCUCGAUCACAUUAGAAUAGCGAACGAGCUGUCAACCAAGCAGAUCGAAUGGCUGUUUAAUUGCCCGCUAAACCCCCAUGCAGGUGGGUGCUGGGAAAGAUUGGUACGCAGUGUGAAGAGGGCCAUAGGACACGCGCUGCAUGACAAAAACCUGAAAGAAGACAUACUGUAUAGCCUAAUGUGUAACGCUGAAAACAUAGUAAAUUCCAGACCGCCUACACACAUUGCUCUGGAUAACCCCACAGACGAUCCGAUAACCCCUAAUCACUUUCUUUUAGGUUCUCCCAAUUCUAGCCAGACACCACAUCCACAAGAGGAGAAGUACCAGCCAACUCGAAAGGAAUGGCGCAUCGCUCAGCAGAUCUCACACUCAUUUUGGAACAAGUGGCUCAAUGAGUACCUACCAGACCUAUGCAGACGGACAAAGUGGCAUCACCCAGUGCCACCACUCGUUGAAAUGGACAUUGUUCUUAUCUGUGAUAAGAACCUUCAUCGAUCUCAAUGGAAAAAGGGAGUUAUUCUAGCAGUCACGCCUGGACGCGACGGACAGGUUCGCUCAGCCACUGUAAAGACGACGGCUGGAGUUCUACACCGCCCAACCUGUAUGCUGGCAAAGCUAGACAUAUUGUGAAUCACGAGCGUGCUUGAUUCACGGUGGUGGGGAUGUUGUCGAGAAAAAUUAGCUUGUAUAUACUUAGUUUUAAGCAAGGGCACAGAUACCCUACAUAAAGAAAAAAGAGAGAAGAAAAAUGGCCACACUAUGAAAAGACAAGGAGGUCACAUUAGUUUGAGCAGUCGAAGAAAGAGCGGGUAGAAAAGACGAAGCGUGCGUAGAUAUAUUACCUACAUAUAAGAAUAAAAUGUAUUAACCUCCUUUUGCAAAUAGGAAAUAAAACGCAACCAACGCCUAAGUACCUAUGAAGAUAA